AUGGAGGUUAAGGUCCAAACUGAUGAAGAAGUUCAGAGAGUGAUAGAGCAGCAACUACAGCCCCUUUUGGAGCAUUCACCCAUACCUGAAAAACUAAUGAAAACACCAUUGCAGAGGUUCAUUAGGAAGACUUUUAAGGGGACAGCCCAUUUGUCUAAUCUUCUUCCCACUGGUACAGUGCUAGGGUUCCAAAUGUUUUCACCUAUUCUCACAAACAAAGGCCAUUGUCUCACCUCUGCCACCCACUCCCUCACAUUAGGCCUGCUAGCUGCAUGCUGCGCCUCGUGCUUUAUCCUAUCUUUCACAGACAGUUUCCGCGAUGCAAAGGGCAAGGUUCGAUACGGACUGGCCACUUCUCGCGGUUUGUGGGUGAUUGAUGGUUCAGUCACCCUUGCACCGGAUGUUGCAGCUGGUUAUCGGCUUAAGUUCAUCGAUUUCGUCCAUGCCUUCAUGUCGAUUGUAGUUUUCGCGGCGGUUGCAUUGUUUGAUCAGAACAUUGUGAAAUGCUUCUGCCCAAUGCCAUCUGAGGAAACCAAGAAGCUCCUAGUGGCAGUGCCUCUCUGGACUGGUGUGGUAUGUUGUCUGUUCUUUGUUGUAUUCCCAAGCAAACGCCAUGGAAUUGGCUUCCCUCUUUCUCGUGGUUAG